AAAAUUUUCAGAAGAAGGACAAACUCUAAAACUGAGACAAACUAAAGAAAUCUGCCAUGAAAUUGAUAUACCAGAUGCUAAACUAAUUAAACAACAACUCUAUAGAGCAUCACCAGAUGAUCUAGAAUUCUUGGAAAAAAAAAUUAAAGAAAUAGAAAAACAUGAAAUUAUCUGA